UUAGUAUCUAAUUUGGCCCGCAGCUCAUGUUCCUGUCUCUUGUCAAGGACCACGACCCUCUCUCAGAACUCCAUGCUCACCGUUGCUGACUUGGCUUAAGGGCCUUCAUAGCGAUCGACCUCUACUAGCCUGCACUUCCUUUGCACAUGCGCCUGUGACUGUCAUGGAUUCCAUCGUGUCGGUGUUUGCUGGAAUCUCACAAGCUCGGGGUAUACACUCGGCUGCGGCAUUGGCAUGGCUAGUCUACGACUAUGCGUUAUCGUUCGAAGAGGAGGUGGAUCUGAUCUGGAGUUCGGAAGACACGGUACCGAAGCUUCUAUAUUUUAUUUCACGGUAUUUUGGCCUCGUCGUGCAGUGUACCACCUGCGCUAACCUACCAGGGCUAUUUUGUCGUGCUGGACUGAUCUGGACCUUCAUAUCUUUGUACAUACUUGCAUUUUGCGUCGAGUUUAGCUUGAUGCUCAGGGUAUACGCGCUAUACGCGCGAAGUCGAUCAAUCUUCGUUAUACUUAGCACUGCAUUCGCCGCAGAGACAGUGUGGGUCGUGGUCUUAAGCAGCAUCGGCUAUGCCGAUAUGCUCCGGGUAGUCACGCCCUAUCCUGCGGGCUGGCAGAUGAAGGGGUGUUUCUACUCAUCGACCCCUGUAUGGUUCCGCGAUACCUGGCUACCCUUGGCAGGAUUCGAGACUUUCCUAUUCGCCCUCAUGGCCAUCAAGGUCUAUUCGUAUCGACCAUUCGGGGAGGUCCCGAUUCUUCUGCGCGUGCUUCGUGAUGUGGCCUUCCUUCUUUGCACUGUCGCGGCCAACAUGUCCAAUCCAUUCCUGGGUGUCACGACCACAGUGUGCGUGUGCUUUCCUCAUCACUGAAUAUUGACUGAGCGUCGAGCAGUUGGAUAACCGCAAUAUUGUCGUUCUCGGUAGAGUUCAUGCUCAAGCACACUAUAGACAUUGACUAACGACAUGAUACAUCCAGGGUGCGCACCUCCUUCUCAGCAUCCGCGCUCUCGCAGCAGAGCGCAGACGACAGGAAGUCGCAACGCCGGACAUCUCAGAAAAUG